ACUUUCUACAACACGUCAUAGGGUGGGGCACGCAACCGUAUAAAUUUCAAAAUCCACCUCAGGACGGUCUAUUCCAUAGUCUAUUCCUUACUGUUAGUGUACUGUUGUGGUUCACCUAGUUUUGCAAGAUGGAUUUAUCAAAAAUUAAUGCCUCAUCUGUCGUAGCGAGGAAACCCGUGAAGAAACUCAAAGAAUUACCGAUCGACAUUCCAGUACCCAUUACGGGAGCCAAAAUUGUGAAGACAAAGUUUGGGCAAGCUGUUCUGUUAGAUUUGGGGGAAGAGGUGGUGUUUCUACCGCCUAGAGUCACAGAUACCUACAGCCCCGUCAUUGAGGAGUUUUCGAGCGGGAAGUAUUCGAUAGUUUAUCACGGCCUGGUGGACUGCGGCCAACAGUACCAGCCCAUGACAUCAUUUAAAAUUAUCUAAGCGAAAAUACUGAGAGAAAGAGAGGUAAGCAAUAUGGAUAUUGUUAAACAAUGUAAAAAUUUACUGUUAUUCAUCAAAAGAAUCAGAAAGAUAGUUUUUGAUAAAUUCACAGCUAAAGACAAAGAAAUUUGGGUGAAACGCUUAACGAAACAAAUCAAAACUUGUAAUAAAGUAAUAAAAAAACGCACUUUGCCUAUAGGUACAAUUAGAAAACUGCAAACGCAUGUAGGACAUUUUAAACAUUUUAAACAGAUUAUUUUCAAUAGACAUGUCGGUAUGGGGCUAGACAACAAACUAAAACAUAGAGUUAAAUGGGAAAAUGUAGUUUCCGCGUUUAAAAGUCGAAUUAAAACUGGAGUUAUAGUUAAUUUAUGGCAUAAGGACUUAGCACAUUUCCUAAAUGAUUGUUAUAUUAUUUUUAAAAAUAAAAUCAGAAAAAUUUUAAAAGCAGAUAAAGUUGUUAAAGUUAAUGUUUGUUUUUGUGGAGAAUUUAUUAAAAAAUCGGGGGAGGAGGAAAUUGUAAAUUUUAAAUAUUUUAAUACAAAAAAUGCUGUACUAGACGUAUCUACCGAUACAGAGCGGUGGUUUUUUGAGAAUGUUAAAGAUAAAAUAAAUCUUAAAUUAUCCGAGUUUCAGGAAAGGGACUCCGGUUUUGCAUUAAAUAGAAUUGUAUCUUUAGAAGUAAAUAUUAAUCGAUAUGAAAUUGGAAAUGGUUCCUCGUAUAUUAAACUUCCUGAGAGUAUUCAAAAAAAGCGUGCUUGUAUUAAUGUAAAAAAUUCUGAUCAAGCAUGUUUUUAUUGGGCAAUAGUUAGUGCCCUCUAUCCAGCUAAAGCACAUAAAGAACUCCCAUCCUCAUACCCAUGGUACAGUACAGUACUAAAAACAGAAGACCUAGAGGCACCAAUGCCGUUACAUCAAAUUUCAAAAUUUGAAAAAUUAAAUAAUAUAUCAGUCAAUGUAUUUGCUUUAGAAUUAAUAGAAAAUAAUGAAAAGUCAUUUUUCACAGUAUAUCCAGCUAGAUUAACUAAAACAGUCGUUGCCAAACAUGUAAAUCUUCUUUUAAUUCAGAAUCACUAUUUUCCUAAAUUAAACGAUUAUGAAGCACCUCCAGUGGAUAAUGAUAAUUCAGAAAUUAAGUACCACUACUGCCACAUUACGGAUAUGUCUAAAUUAGUUGCUGGUCAAUUAAAUAAAAGAAAGGCCAAAUUAUUUCUUUGCAAUAGAUGCUUAAAUUAUUUUUCAACUGAAGGGAAAUUGUCGGAACAUGAAAAAAUGUGUGCAGAUAUGAAUAAUUGUAAAAUGUCUUUUCCUAAAUAUGAUGCUGUUAGUUUUAAAAAUUAUACUUAUAAACAAACAACGCCAUUUGUCAUAUAUGCAGAUUUUGAGUGCAUGUUAGAAAAAGUUACAGACCUCCAAACAUCCUGUUGUACUAAAAAAUAUCAAAAACAUAUUCCGUAUAGUGCUGGAUACUAUGUAAAAUGUAGCUAUGAUGAAAAGUUGUCUUUUUUUAAGAGUUAUAGAGGCAUUGACUGCAUGGAGUGGUUUGCUAAUGAAUUACCAAAUUUAGCUCAAAGUAUUCAUUCGAAAAUUAAGAAAAUUAUACCAAUGCAGGAAAACCCGAGUACCAGUAAAGCCACAAGGUGUCACAUAUGCGAAAAAUGUUUUUCUCCUACAGAUAUCAUUGUUAAAGACCACGACCAUUUUACGGGGGAGUUCAGAAAUUUCGCCCACCAAGCCUGUAAUUUAAAUUUCAAAAAAUUGUUUGUCGUCCCAGUUAUUUUUCACAAUAUGAGUGGCUACGACAGCCAUUUUAUAAUUUCAGAGUUAAGCAAAAAAGGAGAUAUUAGUCUACUUCCAGUCAAUAAAGAAAAAUACAUUUCAUUUACACUUAACGAUGCUGUUACUAAUAUAAAAUUUCGAUUUAUUGAUUCAUUAAGAUUUUUAGGAGCCUCUUUAGAUGAAUUGGUCUCAACAUUAAAUAAAAAUGACUUUAAAAUUUGCAAGCGAGAAUUUAGCAGGUUAAGUGACGAUGAAUUUAAAUUAAUAACUAAAAAAGGGGUAUUUUGCUAUGAUUUUAUUGAUUCUUGGGAAAAAUUAGACAUUACCGAUUUACCUCCAAUAGAGGCAUUUUAUAAUAAGCUAAACGAUACGAAUCUUACAGAUGAGAAGUAUGCUCAUGCUAAAAUAGUUUGGGAUACCUUUAACAUUGAAAAUUUAGGUCAAUAUUCAGAUUUGUACUUAAAAACCGAUAUUGUGCUUUUAGCAGAUGUUUUUGAAACUUUCCGCAAAAAAUGUUUUAUAACUUAUGGGUUAGAUCCAGCCUGGUACUACACAAUGCCCGGUUAUUCUUGGGAUUGUAUGUUGAAAUACGUGGGGUGUAACCUCGAGUUAUUGCGUGACGUUGACAUGAUACUAUUUAUGGAGAAAGCAAUUCGUGGAGGAAUUUCAGUAUGUAGCGGUAGAAUGUCGGAGGCCAAUAAUAAGUACAUGUCUAAUUAUGACCCCGCACAGCCCUCAAAAUACUUAAUGUAUUUUGAUGUCAAUAAUUUAUAUGGGUGGGCUAUGGGAGAACCCUUACCCUACGGAGGGUUCGAAUGGAUGGAUGCCAAAGACAUUGAUGUUAUGUCUGUACCUGAUGACUCUCCCGUAGGGUACAUGUUACAAGUUGACUUGGACUAUCCUCGCCAAUUACAUGAUCUGCACUCAGAUUUUCCAUUCGCUGCCGAACACCGCAAAGCUUUGGGUUCAAAUCAUACUAAACUAAUGACAACACUUUAUAAUAAAAAAGAAUAUAUCGUUCAUUAUAGAAAUUUAAAACAAAUGCUGGCUAAUGGGUUAGUUUUAAAAAAGAUUCAUAAAAUUUUGAAAUUUAAGCAGUCUGCGUGGCUGCGACCCUACAUAGAAUUAAAUACUCGACUUAGAGCUGCAGCUACGAACGAUUUUGGAAGAAAUUUAUACAAAUUGGCCAAUAAUAGUGUAUUUGGAAAGACUAUGGAGAAUAUAAGGAAACAUAGAAUAGUAAAACUAGUCAGAUCAUGGAAUGGGCGAUAUGGUGCUAAAAAUUUAAUUUCUAGUGCCAGGUUUCAUAGCAGAAAGAUAUUUAAUGAAAAUUUAGUAGCUAUAGAACUGAUUAAAUCAGAUCUAGUUUUUAAUAAACCCUUAUACAUUGGCAUGACUGUUUUAGAUAUAUCAAAAUUAUGUAUGUACCAAUUUCAUUACGACUAUAUGCUUCCAAAAUUGGGCGCAGAUAAAUGUAAUUUAAUGUAUAUGGAUACCGAUAGCUUUAUUUAUGAACUGUACUGUCAUGAUGCAUAUGAGGAAGUAAUAAAACAAGAUCUAUCAAAAUUUGAUACAUCCGAUUACGCUGUAGAUAAUAUCUAUAAUAUUCCUCGCGUAAAUAAAAAAGUUUUAGGAGUAAUGAAAGAUGAAAAUAAAGGAGAAAUUAUGACAAAAUUUGUGGGAUUACGAUCAAAAAUGUAUACUUUUAAAGUUCAAUCUGGUCGAAUCACUAAAAAAGCAAAAGGGACUAAAUAUAAUAUAGUAAAAAAUGUUAUAAAAUUCGAUGAUUAUGUAAACUGUUUAAAUGAUUUUAAGGAACAAACUGCUACUCAACACUCCAUUCGGUCAUAUAGCCAUAACGUCUAUAGUAUAGAACAAACAAAAAUUGCGCUAAGUCCUUAUGACGAUAAAAGAUAUUUAAUUCCAAAUAGUUUUAGAACCCUACCAUUGGGACAUUACAGUAUUUUAGAAUAGAUUUUUUUUGU